UCUCGUCGGCCUGCAGGCGCCAUGUCCCCGGGCCCGGGACCGGCCGGGCCUAGCCGCCCCCUUCAUCAGCAUCAGCAUCAUCCCUUCCUCCUCCUCCUCCUCCUCCUCCUCCUCUGGGGACCGUCCGGGGCCGGGGGUCGGGCCAGCCCCGGGGCCCUGGAGGACGUGGUCAUCGACCGCUACUUCGUGCCCAAGCUGUGCCCCCGGGAGGUGCAGAUCGGAGACUUUGUCCGCUACCACUACAACGGCUCCUUCCAGGACGGCCUCCAGUUCGACUCCAGCUAUGACCGCGGGGCCACGGUGGCUGGCGUGGUGGGCGUGGGCCGGCUGAUCACCGGCAUGGAUCGGGGGCUGCAGGGCAUGUGUGUCAACGAGCGUCGCCGCCUGAUCGUGCCUCCGCACCUCGGCUACGGGAGCAUCGGCGUUGCUGGGCUGAUCCCGCCGGACGCCACGCUGUACUUUGACGUGAUCCUGCUGGACAUCUGGAACAAGGAGGACAAGCCCCAGGUCACCACGCUGUUCCGGCCGCCCAGCUGCAACCGCACCGUCCAGGACUCCGACUUUGUCCGCUACCACUACAACGGGACGCUGCUGGAUGGCACCCACUUCGACUCCAGCUACAGUAAGGGGAGCACCUAUGACACCUACAUCGGCUCCGGCUGGCUCAUCAAGGGCAUGGACCAGGGGCUGUUGGGCACCUGCGCGGGCGAACGGCGGAAGAUAAUCGUCCCCCCGUUCCUGGCAUACGGAGAGAAAGGCUAUGGGACAGUGAUCCCCCCACAGGCCUCGCUGGUGUUCCACGUCCUGCUGGUGGACCUCCACAACCCCAAGGAUGGGGUGCAGCUGGAGACGCUGCUUCAGCCCCCCGAAUGCGGGCGCAGGGCUGUACCGGGCGACUUCAUCCGCUACCACUACAACGGCUCCCUCCUGGAUGGCACGCUCUUCGACUCCAGUUACUCACGCAACCACACGUACAACACGUACAUCGGGCAGGGCUACAUCAUCACGGGCAUGGACCAGGGCCUGCAGGGCGUAUGCAUCGGGGAGAAGAGACGCAUCACCGUGCCCCCACACCUGGCCUACGGAGAGAACGGGGCAGGCGACAAGAUCCCCGGCUCGGCCGUCCUCGUCUUCGACGUUCACGUCCUCGACUUCCACAACCCCGCGGACCCGGUGGAGGUGCGGACCCUGGUCCGGCCCGAGAGCUGCAAUGAGACCUCCAGGCUGAGGGACUACGUGCGCUACCACUACAACUGCUCCCUGAUGGAUGGCACCCGGCUCUUUUCCUCACAUGACUACGGGCAGCCCCAGGAGGUGACGCUGGGGGCCAACACGGUGAUCGAAGGGCUGAACACGGGGCUGCAGGGCAUGUGCGUGGGAGAACAGCGGCGCCUUAUCAUCCCCCCGCACCUGGGCCACGGCGAGCACGGCGCCCGGGGCGUUCCCGGUAGUGCCGUGCUGCUGUUCGAGGUGGAAUUGGUGGCACUGGAGGAAGGCCUCCCAGAGGGCUACCUGUUCAUCUGGCACGGGGACCCGCCCGGCAGCCUCUACCAGGACAUGGACCGUGAUCAGGAUGGCCAGAUCACCCUGGAGGAGUUCUCCGCAUUCAUCAAGGCUCAGGUGGCAGAGGGCAAGGGGCGUCUCCUGCCGGGGCAGGACCCGGACAAGACCAUCGCCGACAUGUUCCGCAACCAGGACCGCAACCAGGACGGCACGAUCACCAGCGCGGAGCUGAAGCUCAAGUUGGAUGAGGACCAGGAGAGGAUCCACGAGGAGCUCUGAUCGGGGGGGGGGGGGUGCGUGGGGAACGGCAGCUGGGGAGCGACCGUGCAGCUGGCUGCCGGCCCCGGGGGUAGGGCAGUCCCAGCAGGGCCACCAGAGAAUGCCAGCCCGGGGGCUGGUAUUUAUCUGCAAGGCUGUCUUAUGGACCGUUAGGGUUUUCAUUCCAGCAAGGAGUCCCAACCCAGGGAGCCGACAUGGAGCGGGAAGUGUUCCGGGGGAAGAGAAGAAUGACUGGCAGCUCCCCUGCCCGAGACCCAUUACCGAAUGCCUCCCACUCAGCAUCCCCCCACCUCCCAGCCCGGAGGCCGCUCAUCUACCUCCCGGGGCCACGCGCUGCCCCUGCCCCGGUUCAGGCCGGCCCUUGGGGAUGCUCUGAGCUGGGGGGAUAGUGCAGGGAGGGCAGGGUGUUACUUAAAGCAGCGACAGCAGCCCCGUCUGCCCGCCCUGGCAGCUGAGUGGGCCCAGGGCGAAGACCUACCAAAUUUGGGUGGGUGGCUCCGUCUUGGCGAUCCUGAGGGGAAUGCUGUUCCACGGGAGAAAGCCCGGCAGGUGCCUGUCACUCUUCACCCCAAAUAAACAAGCGAACCCCAAGCGAACCUUCAGACCUGGACCGGUGGAGGUUUUGUGGAGGAAGGGGCGUGAAAUGACCGGGCUGGGGGUGCGCGGAUGGGGACAAACACAUAGAGACCUGGAGUUUCUCCGCAACUGCUCCCGGCUG